AUGGCGAUUCCCGUCGAGGAGGCCCAAAAACAAGCCGAUACCAUCCAGCCAACGCCCUCGAUCCUGGCGGAGACCAAACCCGACGUCGAGCAACAACACAUUGGCACGCUCGACCGGCGACUGAAAUCCCGCCAUGUGCAGUUCCUCGCGCUCUCGGGCGCCAUCGGCACCGGCCUCUUCGUCGGCAGCGGCCAGGUGCUGUCGCUCGCGGGUCCCCUGUCGGCAUUCAUAUGCUACGCCGUGACGGGCUUCAACCUCUACUGCGUAAUCAACAGCCUCGGCGAGAUGGCCGCCUGGCUGCCCAUCCCCGGCGCCGUGCCCGUCUUUGCCGCGCGCUACGUCGACGCCGCCCUCGGCUUCACCCUCGGCUGGAACUACUGGUACCAGUUUGCCAUCGGGGUGCCCAUCGAGGCGACCGUCUGCGGCGUCGUCGUCGACUACUGGCCCAACGACCUGCCCAAGGCCGCCCUCGUCACCCUCUUCUCCGCGACAAUGGUGCUCGUGAACUGCCUGCCGGUGCGCGUCUACGGCGAGGCCGAGUUCGCCUUUGGCGCCGUCAAGCUCGUCACCAUUGUCGGCCUCAUCCUGCUCAUGUUCGUCAUCACCGUGGGCGGCUCGCCCGCCGGCGACGCCAUCGGCUUCCGGUACUGGAACGACCCGGGCCCCAUGAAGACGUACCUCGCCGACGGGCCGACGGGCCGCUUCCUCGCCUUCUGCAAGGUCUUUGUCCAGGCGACCUUUUCCUACGGCGGGAGCGAAAUGGUGGUCGUCGCGUCGGGCGAGACGGAGAACCCGCGCCGCAACAUCCCCAAGGCCAUACGCCGCGUCUUCUGGCGCAUCGCCGUCUUCUACGUGCUUUCCAUCUUCCUCGUCGGCCUCUGCGUCUCGUCCACGGACCCCAACCUCCUCAACGCCAUCGGCACCUCUGCCCCCGGCGCCGCCCAGUCCCCCUUUGUGGUUGCCAUCCAGAACGCCGGCAUCGGGACGCUCCCGUCCGUCAUCAACGCCGUCAUCCUGACGUCGGCCUGGUCCGCCGGAAACUCCUUCUUCUACGCCUCGACGCGCCUGCUCUACGCCGCUGCCCUGGACGGCAAGGCGCCCUCCGUGCUCAAGUGGGAGCGGUUUGGCGUCCCCUACGGCUGCGUGGCCGCCACCGCGGCUCUCAGCUGCCUCGUGUACCUGAAUGUGAACAACCGCUCCGCAGAGGUCUUCUUCUGGAUCAGCAACCUCAGCGCCGUGAGCACCCUGAUUGUCUGGGCGAGCGUGUGCUGCACCUACCUCCGCUUCUACUACGGUCUGCGCCGCCAGGGCGUGUCGAGGGACACCCUGCCGUACAAGUCGCCGCUUCAGCCGUUCCUCGCCUGCUUUUCGGUUGUGUUUUGUCUCAUUGUCGCGCUGUUUAACGGCUUUGACGCGUUUUUCCCCGGGAAGUUUUCCGCAAAGACGUUUGUGCCGCCGUACGUUGACAUUCCCAUCUUUUUGACCCUGUUUUUGGGCUACAAGUUUGUCGUGGGGACGCGGUUUGUCAGCUUGGCCGACAUGGAUCUUUGGUCCGGCAAGGCCGAGAUUGAUCGAUUGGAGGGGACUUGGAAGGUUGUUGAGCCGCGGAAUUGGCUGGAGAGGAUAUGGUUCUGGCUUGCGUAA